AUGGCGCCGGUGUUGAAGUUGGGAUUGAUGGCGCCGGCGUUGAAGUUGGGUCUGCUAGGCGUAUUGCGCGGCUUGACAGUUCGCAGAGGCUGUAACAACUAUAUCUUAAGACUUUCGCAACGAGCCGUGAUAUUGAACAUGCCAGAAACACAGGACACCUUACCACGGACUGUAAAACUAGAAGAGACCUGGGAUAAGCACCAUUCCUUAUAUCUUGAAAGGAGUUCGGGUGGUAAGGUUGAACCAUAUAGCGAUGGUCUCGAUGCAAUUGAAGCCCAAAUUUGA